AUGGGCAUUGCAAUUUCUUUAAACCUUCCCAUUCUUCUUGAAGGACCACCUGGUGCGGGUAAAACCACUUUGGUUGAGGAGGCUUCAAGACUUGUUGGUUCUUCUGAUCUUCUCAAAAUACAUCUAGGAGAUCAGACGGAUAGUAAGCUUCUUCUUGGCACAUACAUGACUACAUCCACUCCUGGGUCAUUUAAAUGGCAGCCAGGCGUUUUGACAACAGCUGUUUCUGAAGGAAGAUGGAUUUUAAUUGAAGACAUUGAUUUGGCACCCGUUGAUGUUGUUGCUGUGCUGGUGCCUCUUCUUGAGACUAGAUGGCUGCAUAUUCCUAGUCGUGGCGAGCGUAUCCAGGCUAAAGAUAGUUUCCGUAUUUUUGCGACCCGUCGUGCAGCUUCGUCCACUGCAAAAAACGGCAGCUCAUUUGCUACAAAAAAGUCUCUUUGGACUGCGAUUUUUGUUGAUGAAAUGAACGAUGCCGAGGUUAAACGCGUUGUCCAUUCCCGGUUUCCUAUUCUCCAAGGUUGUAUUGAUGAAAUUAUGAACUCAUAUACCACGCUUCGUGAGCAGUUUCAAGAAAUGCAUUCUGUUGGACGACAGUUGUCAACCCGCGAUCUCAUCAAAUGGUGUCAUCGUGUAAGUAACCACCAUCAGAUUCAAUCGGCAUCUUGCCAAACACUGUCAAGCUCAGUAGAACGCCAACGCGAAGAUUUAUUUCGAGAGGCAUUUGAUUGCUUUAUGGCCAUGAUUCCCAAACUCUCCUUCCGCAAUCAGAUUGCACACUUCCUUGGCGUCACCCUUCAAAUUCCACAGCACCGAGUAGAGUUUUUUCUUGAGAAUUUUGUUCCAAAUAUUGACGCUAAUCUUUCAUCAAAAAAGCUUGUAUGUGGACGAGUUGUUCUCCCUAUUUUCAAUGUCAAAAUUGCAAAUACACCUCGUCCCCCAUUUGCUCCUACUUCACCUUCAUUGCGCUUGAUUGAGCGACUUGCCGUAUCAAUUUCGCUGUGCGAACCUGUUUUACUUGUUGGCGAGACAGGAACAGGCAAAACGACCGUGGUUCAGCAUCUUGCUAGUCAUGUUGGAUCUAAAUUGGUUGUAAUUAAUAUGAGCCAGCAAUCAGACAGCACAGACUUAUUGGGUGGAUUUAAGCCUGUGGAUGCGUUGCUAUUGGUAGUUGCAGUUCGCGAGGAAUUCGACGACUUGUUUAGUCGUACCUUUUCUGUUAAAAACAAUGCAUCUUUUUUGUCAUCAAUUCAAAAGGUUUUUGAUAAACAACGCAAUUCUGCUUCACAAAAGAUUGAUAACGAUGCUGUUCCUGAUGCAUCUGUGCAGAAGAAAAAGCCCAAACAAUUGAAUCCAGUGCUUUGCGAAGAAUGGGAUAGGUUUUCCAACACUGUAAAGCGACUUUUUGUACAGCUUGACCAAAUUAAAAACAAUCUUUUUUUCUCUUUUGUUGAAGGAACGCUUGUUAAAGCACUUCGACACGGACACUGGAUUCUGCUAGACGAGAUAAAUCUUGCCACUGCAGAAACACUCGAGUGUCUAAGUGGGUUGCUACAAUCUUCAGACGGAUCAGUUAUGUUAUUGGAGCGCGGAGAUACAACUCCAAUUGUCCGACAUCCUAAUUUUAGACUUUUUGCCUGCAUGAAUCCUGCAAAUGAUGCUGGAAAACGUGAUUUGCCGCCUGGACUUCGCAGUCGAUUUACCGAAUUUUGGGUCGAGUCACCCGAUACAGUUCAAGCUGACUUGCUCCUUAUUAUUCGCAGUUAUAUUUUUUCGCAUCUUCCUGCCGGCCCAACUGGGGAUCGUAUUUGUCUUGAUGUUGCCGAGUUUUAUUCAGCUGUAAAAUCACUUGCUGCUCAAGGCAUACUUUUUGAUGGUGCUGACCAACGUGUACAUAUCAGUAUGCGAACCCUUACCCGUGCACUGUCAUACGCCAUAUAUAUUGCACCCAUGUAUGGUAUCCGUCGAUCAUUAUACGAAGCCACUUAUAUGACCUUUAUGACUGGUCUCGGAGCCGAGAGUCGUCAAAAAGUAUCUACAUUUCUUAGAAAGUCAAUUUUAAACGGCAUACGGAAUCCUGAUGCGUUUGUUAAGCAGGUUCCUAAACAUCCAGGAGAGCAAGAUGACAUGGCUGAUCUCAACGAAGACGUUCUUCGCGAUUCUCCAUAUAUACUGAUUGAUUGUUUUUGGAUUGAAAAAGGUCCAUUGGACAUUCCUUCUGAUCUGGAUAGUUUGUUUGUAUUGACGCCUUCUGUAAAAGCCAAUCUUGUGAAUCUAUCUCGAGCAGUACUGUCUCGUAAAUAUCCAGUUCUUAUUCAAGGCCCUACAUCAGCUGGUAAAACCAGCAUGGUAGAGUAUCUUGCUAAGCGUACAGGACACCGAUUUUUACGAAUCAAUAAUCACGAGCAUACGGAUAUUCAAGAGUAUUUAGGCAGUUAUGUCAGCAAUGAUCAGGGUGCUUUGGCAUUUCAAGAUGCACUCAAUCGACUACUUGACGACAAUCGCGAGCUUUUUCUUCCCGAGACACAAGAAUUGAUUAAGCCUCAUCCUCAUUUUAUGCUAUUUGCAACACAGAAUCCUGCUGGUCAGUACGGUGGUCGUAAGCAACUUUCUCGUGCUUUUAGAAAUCGAUUUUUGGAGCUUCAUUUUUCAGACAUUGCUGAAGGAAAUCUUGAAAUGAUUUUGGAGAAGCGAUGUCGAAUCGCACCGUCCUAUGCUAAGAAGCUUGUAACCGUAUACAAAAGCCUCCAAAAGCUGCGUGACACCUCGCGUAUUUUUGACGGUCGACAGUCGUUUAUCACUCUGCGUGAUUUGUUUAGAUGGGCUUUACGUGGCGCAGUGGGAUAUCAAAGGCUUGCAGAGGAUGGUUAUAUGCAGCUUGCUGAACGAGUUCGUAAGCCAGAAGAUCGCGCAACUAUCAAGAAAAUUUUAGAAAUCGAGUUUAAAGUGACUAUAGACGAAGAGGCCAUGUAUGAGAGUUUGUUCAAGCAAAUUUGGGCUUCAUUAGAGACAUACAUACCAACAAAUCAAAGUUUUUCUCGUAUGGUGGAUCAGAUUGUAUGGACGCAAGCCAUGCGAAGACUAUUUGUACUGGUGCAUUUGGCUAUGCAACAUUCCGAACCUGUGUUGCUUGUAGGCGAAACGGGUUGUGGAAAAACCACUGUGGUUCAAAUUCUUUCUGCUUUGGCCAACCGUCACUUGCAUAUUAUUAAUGCACAUCAAAAUUCAGAAACAGCAGAUUUUCUUGGAAGUCAGCGUCCUACACGUGAGCCGUUGUUUGCCUGGGCUGAUGGACCUCUUGUGCAGGCAAUGAAGCAAGGUGACUUUUUUCUUCUUGAUGAAAUUUCAUUGGCAGACGAUUCGGUACUUGAGCGCCUGAAUUCUGUUUUGGAACCUCAACGUUUACUUGUGCUUGCCGAAAAUGGUACCAAAGAAAUCCAAGAAAUUACUGCUGCCGAGGAAUUUAGAAUUUUUGCUACCAUGAAUCCUGGCGGUGAUUACGGGAAAAAAGAGCUUAGCCCUGCUUUGCGUAACCGAUUCACUGAAAUUUGGGUGUCUUCAGUAUCUUCUCGCGUAGAUCUAUUGCAUAUCUUGGAAAAAAAAUUGCAUCCACUCAAUAUGCCAACAGAAGUUUGUUGUCUGUGGGGAAACCGGAUUUUAGAUUUUCUGUAUUGGCUGGCAGAUCAAUUGCAUAAGCCUAUUGAAAGUAUUGUUUCACUUCGUGAUAUUCUUGCCUGGGUUGGCUUUAUGUGUUCCACUUCUUCCCACCUUGAAGUUGCAAAUGCUUUUUUCCAUGGUGGAUGUAUGGUGCUGAUUGAUGGAAUGAGUAUCAAUCCACUUUUUGGCACAAUGGGGUCAUCCACUGUUACACUUGCAAAAACAUCCAGAUACUUUUUGCGUAGACUGGCAGAGGGUAAAAGUAUUGAUCAGAUUGUAUUUGAUGAUUGCAUUACGGCUCAUGACGAUGCAGAAUUUGGUAUUGUAGUCCCCAAACUCAACACGGCAGGAUCUCACUUUGGUGCAAAUGAUUUUUACAUUUCGGUUGGAAACGCUCCAUCCAAAAAUGUUAGUUUUGCAAUGCAGGCUCCUACAACUCUGUCCAACUGCAUGCAAUUGCUUCGUGCCUUGCAACUCAACAAGCCUAUUCUUUUGGAGGGUAGUCCAGGUGUAGGCAAAACUUCUCUUGUUGCAUCGUUGGCAGCAGUAUCACAGCACAAUAUAGUUCGUAUUAACUUGUCAGAACAAACGGAUUUAAUGGAUCUGUUUGGAUCAGAUCUUCCUGUGGAGGGAGGUUCUGGAGGCGAAUUUGCAUGGCGAGAUGGACCUUUUUUGAAGGCAGUUCAAGAUGGCGCAUGGGUAUUGUUGGAUGAGCUCAAUUUGGCGUCUCAACAAGUGCUUGAAGGUUUAAACUCUUGUUUAGAUCAUCGUGCAAUCAUUUAUAUUCCCGAGUUGGAUCGCAACGUAACCUGCCAUCCUGAUUUUCGUGUUUUUGCAGCGCAGAAUCCACAGCAUGAAGGAGGUGGUCGAAAAGGUUUGCCAAAGUCUUUUGUCAAUCGGUUUAGUCAGGUGUAUGUUGCCCCACUGAACAUGGGUGACUUGCGAUUCAUUAGCUCGGCUCUUUACCCCAAUCUUGAUCCAGCAGUAUCUGAAAAAAUGAUCACGUUUAAUGAACGGAUUCGUGAAGAAACCAUGGUCAAGUGUUCAUUUGGAUGGCGUGGUGCUCCAUGGGAGUUUAAUCUCCGUGAUGUUUUGCGUUGGAUUGAGCUAUGGCAGGCUAAUGUACUCAAGCUUAAAAACAGUACACAGGUUUCUGCCAUUGAUCCUGGAUACUUUUUGGAGAUAAUUUAUACUCACAGAAUGCGAACUCCAUCAGACCGACAACGCGUUCGGGAUAUCUUUAUCGAUGUUUUUGGAUACCUGCCUGAUCAUUCCACAAAUCACCCACGAUUGUAUAUUACUCCUACAUUGCUGCAGAUUGGAAACUCUUUUUUGAAGCGUGCUGCUUUCCGUGGUACUCACAAAUAUGGCGUUCCUACAGAUCACUUACAAAUCCUCCCAUCCGCACUGCCAUUUUUAGAAUCUCUUGUUCAAUGUGUUGAAACAAAGUCACUGCCUCUUAUUAUUGGACCAACUGCUACCGGUAAAAGCUCUAUUGUGCGAUUGCUAGCGUCUAUCUCUGGUCAAAAUUUACACGAAGUCACACUUAAUCCUGGAGUUGACGCUCUUGAGCUUCUUGGUGGAUUUGAGCAAAUAGAUCUUGUUCGUCUUAGUCAAGAAAUUAUCGAUACUUUUGAAAAAGUCUUGCAUACCGUACUGACUAGUGGACUUUCGCUUCAAAAAAUUGCUGCGUCUUUGCAUACCCCGCUGCAUGCUUUUGCCGAUAUUCAGAAUUUACUUACAACCUAUACUGAAUUUUUGAGCUCUGGUGUUCGUGGCCGCUUUGAAUGGGUCGACAGUGCUCUUAUACGCGCUCUUGAGCAUGGCGACUGGCUCCUCAUUGAUAAUGUCAACCUGUGCUCAACCAGCGUACUGGAUCGUCUCAAUCCUUUAGUUGAAACCAAUGGAGCAAUAGCAAUCAGUGAGCGUGGAUUGGUGCAUGGUGAAAUUAAAGUCAUCACACCACAUCCUAAUUUUCGUCUUUUUAUGGCAAUGGAUCCACAGUAUGGCGAAGUUUCUCGAGCAAUGCGUAAUCGUAGUGUUGAGAUAUAUAUUGAU